AGCUCGUUAGAUCACAAAAAGAUUUAAAACGAGUUUCAACGAAUGUUUAUGAAUUCCUGCAUUCGUUUAAAGGACGUCUAUUAUGUAACAACAAACCAUACAACUUUUACGAAAAAUAUUUAUUUCCAAAUUAAGUUACACGGGACAUCUUGUAUGAACAAAAAGAUAGAAACUUUUUAAAGCAUAAGAGAAUGCAGUUUGUUAAUGUGCAGGAAAAAUAUCUACCUAUUGCUAAUUUAUAUUAAUUUCAACUUAAAAUAGACAUUAUUCUGUACCUUGUGCAAAAUAUAGAAUUAUUAUUAAGUUACUUGUGUGCAAUAUGUACAUUGCAUUUCUGCAGUUUGUUAGCCCUCGCCAGAAGACACAAAUUAAAAAUUGUAACAUGUUUCUGUAAUGUAUAAACUUUUACUUAAACCCUAAAAUUAUGUUAAAAUUAUUACCAUCUUUUCCUUUUAUAAUUUCUUUGUAUUAACAUGAUUCUACGAUAUAGUAGGAUAUACAGCGUUGACUCCAGAUGACCUCAACAUCUCUGCAAAUUAGAAUUUUAUACAAAUUUCACGUCUAACAUUUCAUUCCCCAUUCUAAAACCGAGUUUCCUGUAUUUCCAUACUUUUAAAAAAUAUUUGCGUGACCUUGAAACCGGUGCACAAAAUUAUCGAAAAAAGUACGUGCAAACGAACAUGGCGUCCUGCUACGAGGAAGCAUUGCAAGGAGAAAGGAGACGAAUUAAAGGGCAUUCGAAAAAACGAAAUGGAAAAGUGAGUAUGAAAAAAAAACGAUGACUCAUGAAAAAGUGAAAGGUUGUCUGUUGGUCCGUCUCCUACUCGAUGCGUGAUCUUUAUUCAAAUCGAAAGCCUUCCCUCCCAUCUCUCGUUCUCUCUCCGGACUCACGACGUACACUGAAAAUCGUUAUCGAAAGGGAUUUGUGGAAGGUUGGGAUCGAUCUCGCGAUCCAACGAUACGGAUCGAUGAUUUUCAUUCGGUGGUUCGCGGUUCUCCGAGUCAACUUGAUACAACGUUCCUCGAGGACAAUGUUUUUCUUCCUUGUUUCCGUUACGACGAAAUAAUAAAAGCAAUCGAACCGAUGAUUCGUGCGACCGCUGCCGGAAACAUUGUUGUUUAUAAAACGAACGAACAAACAGGAUUUCGAAACGUUUCUCGUGAAAUUUCUGCGAAAUGUGCGAGUGAUAAUUUCAAAUAAAACUUGCUAUGAUUUCGACGAAGAAUAAGUAAUUGUUUGUGUCGGCCGGUUAAUGUAAUAUAAUAAUAGUUCGGUAGAUUCCAUCGUUUCUUCUGGUGUCGAGCGCAGACUGGGAAUGAAAACAAAUCACGCGUAAACAUCGGAUUAUAAAGUGUACGCGAUUUCAUUAACGAUCGGAAAAUUAGUUACUCGUUCGACAAAACUGUGCGGCGAAAGAAGAUGGAAAGCGACGUUAGCGAGACGGUAGACAAAUGUAUAAUAGAAAGAAGAAGAACGACCAUCUUGGAGGAGUGUUCCCAAAUGAUCGAAGCGAAUGGCACCGUUCGAUGCAACAAAGACGCGUUCAGGCGAUUUUUUAUGGAUCGAACGUUACAGGAGAAGUUGUUUUUAUUAUUCGACCAGGAUGACGACAAGACGUUAAAACAGGAUGAUUGGAUUGAAUUUUUAAAAGGAAGAUUAACAAAUGAAAAUCAGAACAAUUUCAUUAAUGAAAUUGAGAGUGUUGUAUACACUAUAUGCGGCGAUGAUCCUGUUAGUUUUCUAAACUUUCAACAAAUAUUUUCCACUAAAGAGGUCGUAGAUAAAUUAUAUCGAGUAAUCGAUGACGAAAACGUGGGAUAUGUAACGUCGUCUCAAAUUAUGGAGUUCAUUGCCAAAAUCAGCGACAGAAGACCUCGCGCCGGCUUCGACAGCAGUAGCCUAGAAUGGUUGGAAAAGCUAUUCAAGCAAAUGGUAGGCAACGAGAAAGAAAUAAGACGCGAAGAAUUUAACAAGAUUGUCACUUCAAAAAACCCAUUCUUCACCGACAGAGCCUUUCAAAUAUUUGACAAGGAUAAUUCCGGGGCCAUAUCUCUUCAGGAAUUUCUGGAUGCGAUGCAUCAGUUUGCAGGAAAAAGUCCAGACGAUAAAAUCAGAUUUCUGUUUAAAGUUUACGACAUCGACGGCGACGGAUCGAUACAACUUCUCGAAUUAGAACACGUGGUGAGAGCUUGCAUGGAGGAAAAUGGAAUGGAAUUCAGCGAAGAACAAGUUAAGGAACUGACAAUGGCGUUGUUCGAGGACGCCGAUCAAGCCAAUCGAGGCGCCAUUACUUACGAGGCUUUGAAAAACCAAUUGGAAAAGCACGAAGGACUCUUGGAAAACCUAUCGAUUAGUAUCGACCGAUGGCUGGUACCACCGAAACCGAAAGCAAAGCGGAAAUCGCUAUUGGGUUUAUUUGCAUCGUUAAGACCUUAUCAAUUGACAAGACCGUACAUCAAGAACAAUUAUGUUUACAUCGCUUUCAUCUCCGUCUUUAUUUUGAUUAACGUAACGUUGUUCGUAUCGAGACUCUAUGAAUAUAGACGAGCCAAUGGCUACGUAAUGCUUGCUCGUGCUUGUGGUCAGUGUCUGAAUUUCAACUGCAGUUUCAUCCUGGUUCUUAUGUUACGCCAGUGCAUUACCUUUCUACGAAGCCACGGCUUCAAUUCUGUGCUACCAUUGGAUCAACACAUUUACCUCCACAAAAUAACUGGGAUUCUAAUCGGUGCCUUCAGUCUACUGCACACGUUUAUGCAUCUUUUGAACUUCGGCACAAUCGUGGUGAACGAUGCCGUACUUAAUCGUAACGAAUAUACUAUAUCCGAAUGGCUGUUUACGAAUCGUCCAGGACUGUUCGGUCUUAUAGGAGGUUGUGCAAACCCAACUGGAAUUAUUCUUGUCCUCCUUCUCGUUAUAAUGACAGUCUGCUCUAUGCCGUUUGUUCGCCGCGGCGGAUGCUUCGAGAUAUUUUACUGGUCACACCUGCUCUAUAUACCGUUCUGGAUAUUAACGAUACUUCAUGGACCGAAUUUUUGGAAAUGGUUUAUCGUGCCGGGCACGAUAUAUCUGGCGGAAAGAAUUCGACGAAUCGCCUGGUCUCGCUCUCAACUCGGAAAGACUUACAUCAGUUCCGGUCUCUUACUGCCGUCGAAAGUCACGCAUUUAGUCAUCAAAAGGCCGCUACAUUUUGACUUUCAUCCUGGCGAUUACGUUUUCGUAAACGUUCCCGCCAUCGCCCGGUACGAAUGGCAUCCUUUCACCAUCAGCAGCACUCCGGAACAGGAAGACUACAUAUGGCUCCAUAUUCGAGCGGUCGGUGAAUGGACAAACAGCCUUUAUUCUUAUUUUGAAAAGGAACAAGUAAAACUUCACGAGAACGAUGUGUUUCCGAUCGCAGGGUGCAGCGAUACCGUUAAUUCUGGAAAAAUGCAAGUUCCAAUGCCACGUAACAAUUGUUUUCGUUUAAUUUACAUUCUACGGACAACAAAAAUGUUACUUUUUUUAAUUGUUCGAUUCAGAUUCCUUAACAAAAAUCAAGAUUUAGUAUUGAAUGCGAUAAUGUCUUCGUCGUCUACGGAAACAGAGAAUCACUGCGAAUUUGAUAAUCCGGCUUUCGUUUCCGAUACUGACAAGAUAAUACUAUCGAUACACUGUACAAACGGUGUAACGGAUAGUAAUAAAACUUCGAAGGAACGAAAUCUUCAUCGUUUGCUGCUUAGUAGCAAAAUGCCCUUAGAGAAGUCUUUCUCGGUACCUGACAUGCAAACGAAAAAAAAAAAGAAAGAGAGACUAAUGGCGCUUCGAGAUUAUAUGAGAUCCGAGUCGGAGAGGAACUUCAACGAGUACCAAAUGCGGAAUGCACGCAUAAAAUCUUUGGAACAAGCUUAUUCGAGCCCGCAACAUAAAAAAUUAGCGCAAAGCUUUAGAUACAUGAGGACCAAACCUACUAUAAUCGCUUUCAAAACUCCAAGUUUGGAGAAUUGGGAGUGCAAAGUAGAAACGCCUACGAACAAACGCACAACGUCGCAAACAAACGUAAACGUGGCCAGAAGAUUGUCGCCUAAUUUAGUCGCGAUACAAAUAACAGCGGAAAGAGAUGGACCGCAGACAAAAUUCGAAGAAAUACCAAAGAGAAAUAUGGAUGAUAUCGGAUCUGAAGUUUCUUCACAUCCAUCUAUGAAUUAUGCUGUAGGAAAACCAUUGGAGAUCUUUCUGGAUGGCCCGUAUGGAGCUCCUUCGAGUCACAUAUUUCAAGCACAGCACGCGGUUCUAAUUGCAACAGGAAUCGGAGUCACGCCUUUUGCUUCUAUAUUACAAUCCAUCAUGCACCGUUAUUGGAAAGCCAGACACACUUGCCCAAACUGCAAAUUCUCCUGGGCUAGCGAGAUUCCAUCCACUGUCAUGCAUCUACGAAAGGUAGAUUUCUUCUGGAUUAACAGAGAUCAGAGAUCCUUCGAAUGGUUUGUGAACUUGCUAUCUCAGCUAGAAAUGGAACAAGCAGAACUUGGCGAUGCGAUGGAACGGUUUCUUGAAAUGCACAUGUAUAUUACCAGCGCGCUACAAAAGAACGAUAUGAAGGCUGUUGGUCUGCAACUAGCUAUGGAUUUAGUUCAUCAAAUGGAGAAACGAGAUCUUAUAACAGGCUUAAAAACAAGGACAAAUGCUGGCCGACCAAACUGGGAUAAAGUUUUCAAGCAGAUCCAGGACAAAAAAAAGGGCAAAGUAACAGUAUUUUAUUGCGGCCCACCGCAACUAGCAAAGAUUUUACGCCACAAAUGCGAUAGGUUUGGUUUUAAUUUCAGAAAAGAAUCUUUUUAAAAUUUCUGGAAAAAAUAUAAUUUGUUAUGUUUAUUAUACAAUACUUCACCCGA